AGUUUUAAUGUUGGAGACAUAACAGCUAGUGGAGGAAUGGUGGCAUUUGGAAAUUCUGGUCGUGUUAGAUGCAAGAUAGAAAGUACCAGUAAACGAGACAGAUCUAAAACAGAUGAUGAAGGACAAAAAUCCCCAAAACGUGGAAAAAUUGACUUUGGAACUUCCUCAGCGGAAUUCAGAAAGGAAAGAGAUGACAGUCUGAGGGGGAAAGAACUGAAGAAUUUUUACUCUGAAUGGGACAAAAGUGUGGGGCAUUUAUUGUGUGGGGCUAAGACGGGGACUGCAUUCAGGGUCGGGGACAGCUACCUGAUGACAGCCUAUCACAUCAUCAAGGAGGCAGUGGUUUGGUACCUUGACACCAUUAUAACAAAGGCCUUAAGUGACCCAAAUCGUGUGAACUGUUGUACACAAUUACUGGAAAAUUUGAGGAAAUUGGGAACAGAUAUUGAGAUGGCCAGUUAUGGAACAGACAUUGAGAAGAAGAUAGAAAAUGGGAUUAAGAAAUGGGCAGAAAAGAAUAUUGACAGCAUUAACUUCAGCAGAUUAUUAGAUGUUCUAGGAGAUUCAGGAUUCUCCCUAGCAAAGGUCCAAGCUUCAAAAGAAAUCACACAAAACCGUAUGUCUGUGGUUUUUGGUCGAUUGAGUGAACAAGAGGAUGUUCUACCAUACCCCCUAAAGCUUGAUGUACCUUUCUACAGUAGUAGUGAUGAUGUAGCCAUCCUGGAAGUUGACUGGACAAGCUUACCUAAACCAUUCAGCCUGCAGAGAUCCAACACACCACCCAAAUCAGUUCAUAUCAUUGGCUAUCCAGAUUCUCACAAGAGCGAACAAAUCCUUGAUCCCCACUGUCCUCUGAUUUCAUUGGCUGAAGCCAAGUCGACUUGUCAAAGAGCAGUUGAUUGGUGGAGGAAUGCUUACCCAAGAGAAAAUGUUGAAGAUUUUAGAAAUGCUUAUGGUUCAGCAUUCAGGGGAAAAGGAAAAGUACUGUUCCACUGCUCAGAAUCUACUGCCCAUGGUGCAUCUGGUAGCCCUGGUUUAAUACAAAUGCAUGAAGAGAAACCAGUUGUGUGUUUGAUGCUACAACAAGGCUUCCCAUCCUUUGUGUACGAGCAAGAACACCAAGAUUUACUGAAGACAGUUCCAAAGCAGUUUCUUAUUGAAAGUGGUAUCAGCAUGUCGAGAGUAUACGAGAUUCUUUCCGACAAGCCACACUUGCAGACCUUACGCAAUAACAUUUUUCACACUUGACAGUACGUGAACAUGCAAAGCAUUAUAUCGAUACUUGUGAGAAAAAUGUAACAUUGAAAAUCAAGGAUUCCAUAUCCAGAUAUUUCUAUUGAUUUUUUUCUUCGAUACCAAUUUGAAAUUGUCUAUAUUGAUAACUGUUUAUACGCAUAGUGCAUGUACUAGUAUGUUAAAUUAUACAUGUGUAUUUAUUUAUUGUUUUAAAGAUCAAUUUUACAAUUUAUGCGUUUUUUUGUGCAAAACAUGAAUUUAAAAAAUAAUAUAGUGCAUACAUCAUUUUAUUCUUACAUGUAUAACUGCUCCUUGUUUUAAAUCUAAUUUUUUUUAAAGAAAUAAAGCUUCUAUUCAUA